GUUGUCCACCGGGACAUCUGCCCUAUAAAUACGAGGCCUGUCUGUCUCUGUCUCGAGGGGUCCUCAUCCGUGAGCACCUUGGUCGCACAUUCCCACCCCACCACCACCAAUAAUCAUCAUCACCAUCAUCAUCAUCAUGCCUUUGACCGGCCACUGCCUCUGCAAGGCCGUCACCUACUCGGCCGACGUCGACCAGCCCGCCCUCGUCGCCUACGACCACUGCGAUGACUGUCAGCGUCAGAGCGGCUCUACCUACUCCUUGGUCGCCGUGGUCCCCAAAGCCAAACUGACCCUCAACGGACCCGUCAAGAAGUGGACCGGCUACGGAUCCUCGGGCAAGGCCGUGCACCGGCUCUUCUGCUCGGAAUGUGGCUCCCCCAUUGCCCAUGACCCGGAUGCCGCCCCGGAGAUCAUCGCCCUCAAGGCCGGGACCCUGGACACGGAGAUCAAGAAGACCCUCCAGCCGGACACCGAGAUCUGGACCGUCAGCAAGCUGCCCUUCUGCCAGGAGCACCUGGCCAAGCCUUUCGAGCACAUGCCUCAGUAGGCAGUCAGUUGGCAGUUAAUGGACGGGGGAACGUGUUAUGACCGAGACGACGAAUAAUCCGAACGUAGUGAAUGAAAAUGUUGAUGAUUGA